AUGCGUCAGUCACUUGCCUUGCUGCGUCGAGGUAAACCUCGACCACGGGCCGGCAUGUUUCCCGACAAAUAUCGCCGUGUACCGGCACUGCUGAAGCCACAACAGGGCGGACAGCAGUUCUUCAAUCAGUUUCUUAUUCGUUUUACAAACGACCGACUGAUGCGGCGCGAUGUUGAGGAUGGUGAAGACAAAAAGGAGUCUGAAAUUGCUGCGCAGCUCCCGCAGAUGGAUUGGGAACGCAUGUCAGCUCGCAGCUCUUCGGAUGCUAUACGGGAGGAGAUGCAUCGGCUGGUGGAGGGGGAUGCGGUACAACAUCAACGUGUGUUUAGCGAACGAAUUUGGUAUGAGGAAGAAGAAAGACGUCGCCUUCAAACAGGGGCCGAUGCGGCAGUGCCAACUGAAGAUGCGGGAGGUGCAAAGGAGCAUGACAUACCACCGCGGGUCCUUGGAAAUGAUUAUUUUCAGAGUCGUUUUGGCUAUUCCCUUGUCAAACAAAGCGAAAUGCCUCAAGGGGUGACGGACUACAAUCAACUCGAUAUGUGGGGGGAGAUGCCAAAGUACACACGUGACAUGGUUUUUCUUUACUUGAUUUCACGUCGGCGUAACACCUACGCGGUGGCGUACACGUAUGAGGGAAAGCGUAUUCUUUCCACGUAUACUGCGGGUAACAGAGGCCUGAAGGGUGGCGAUCGUGGCUUCCGAAGCGAUGGCUCUACAGACAACGGCCAUCAAGUGACAAGCAUGUACCUGAACGAUUUAUUGCCAAAGGUGCGGGAGUUGCGAGCAAACGAAGGACGGCCCAUUGGACGGGGUGAGAAAAUUGAACUUGUUGUGCGAGUUAUGGGCUUUUACAACGGUCGACAGGGGGCGGUGCGGGCAGUGCAGGAUCGCGCCAAUGAAUUUCACGUUCGUUACUUUGAGGAUAUUACCCCAUUCCCGUUGAACGGGCCGAAGAUGCCGCGCGGUGUAUUCAAGUAG